GUCGCCAACUCCCGUCGCGCAUCCAUCUUAAUGUAUCCGGACCAUCAAGAAUAUCAAGAAUGAACGUCGCCGACGAAGGAGUGCACAUGCGAUGUCUGAUACACUAGCAGGCACUAAGAGGCGGCGCGCUCGCAACGACCCCAGCGAGGGCUUGGCUGAUCUACCGGAGACUGAUGUUGUGGAAGCCAGGAAGCGUAGGGCUUUCCUCCAUACCAUGGGCCAGCAACUUCGGGAAUUCGGCAACGAAGGUGUCAGUCCUCAGGACCAAUCUCGAAAUACGUUCCCCAGCCCCGGUGGACGACCCGCAUCACGCGCUGCCGACUCAGCGAUCUCACAAGCCACGGUACCAGCCCCAAACGAUGGUGCUUCUGGCGAGGAUGACCAAUUACCUGCAGGGGCUGCUUAUAGCGCCUCAAGAUGGCUUUGGCGUACAGACGAGGUGCAAAUCAGGGCCACGGAGGGAUCGAGAUUGCCUCUAGCUUUUGAGGAUUUCCUCGAAUGGAGCCAAAGCUACUUCGAUCAUUGGCAUCCUUCCUUCCCAUUCUUGCAUGCGCCAGCACUACUAGACCACUUUAAGGCGUUGAUCUACUCAGAUGGAGGACUGUCGAAUCCAUCAAGUUUGAACAGCUUCGAUCAUAUCAUACUACGAUCCGUUAUGUCUAUAGCGGCCAUGGACCGGAGACAGAUGGCCCCAUCGCACAAACCUGUGCCGUCCGAAUUUCUGUUCCAGACGUUCAACGACGCCAUAAAUAGCGUGCAGCCAAUCUUGACGGAGGAGAGCUCGAUACUAUCUCUUCAAGCGCUCGUUAGCGUUCAACUCUUUCUGAUUUCCAUGAACCGAUACAAUGCGGCAUCUAGAUUACAGGGUAUAUCUGCGCACUUGACAUUUCAACUUCACCUGUAUAAAUGUCCUGGCAGGACCUGCCCGCCGACUGACAAGGAAGCGGAGUUACGAAAGCGUCUGUUCUGGUCAGUCUUUUGCAUUGAUCGUUAUAUUUCCAUCAGACUUGGCAACCCUAGUGUGAUCUCCUCGGAAGACAUUGACGUUUGCUAUCCACAAUCCGAAAGACAUAAUCAGGGUCAUAUUGACGUUGCAGUCCAUGACGACAGGCUCGAUCUCAUCGACUUUCUAGCUCGACACGCUGACAUUCGAGGUUCCAUCAUGAAGAUUCGGAAUAAGACGACUCUUACUUCUGACAUUCAAGAUGACGACCAGGCUUUGUUGGUAGAGACGGAGCACGCCAAAUGGUGGACCACGGUUGACGAGCAUCUUUCCGACUAUAAGACAGCGCAAAGCAUCGCGAAACCUCAUCAAGUCACUCUGAUAGUACUUCGCUUUGAAACCAUCCUCGCGUUGCAUAGGUCCAUUUUGGGCAAUCCUAAGCACGACACUGUCUUCAAUGCAGCUUUGCAGCGCUGCAUCACAGCAUCCCGGUCUAUCAUCAACACGUUACAUAAAGCACUGAAAGGGUUUGGAGCGUUCGAUGGCUCACCUGGGCAACACGGUUACGAAAGUAGCCCUCUCCUCUGGCCGUCUUUUACCUGGGCUAUCUGGAUGAGCACUUUCGUUGUGAUUUUCGCCGCAUCCGAGAAACAUCUCUCACAUAAGAUCGCCUUCGGACUGGCUGAACGUAGUAUCGAAGUGCUACAGUAUCUUGCCUUGCGAGGAACCAGCUGGCCUGAGUCUUGUAUUGUGGGCAUCAGAAAUCUCGUCGCACGACUGAAACGAGCACGUGAAGGAAUCACUGGUGCACCGCGAUCAGAGAUUCUCGACACAAAUCGUCCAGGCAGAUCUGAAGGUCCCUCUCAAUCCAUGAAUCCGCGUCGUGGUCGCGCUGUAGAUUCGGGGAGCACUGCUGAUAAUCGUCUCUCCAAUAGUGUCCAGCUCGGGACGACAGAGCAAUGCAGACCCGCCCCACAAAGCAGCAAUCAGCGCCCUCCUGGUACUUUUGACCUGAGUAGCAUGGAUCAGUAUACCGCGCUGCAAGGUCAUGUUGACCCAGAUGCUUUCUUGACCACGAACAACUACAUUGUCAGCUCCGGCGACUUCUUAGGCAUAGCGCAACAGUCGUCUGAUGUCCCACGACCAAACGAGGAUAUUACUCAGAUGUUUAACAAAGACGAUCUAUCAUGGUGGAUGGGACCAGACUACGGACUCGACGGGCUUCUUUGAAAGUUUUCAAAUUUUUGGAUUGC